AUGCUGGGUUCAUCUUCACAAUUUAAGCAAAUCAUUGUAAAGAAAACAAACGUUCCAUAUGAAUUGAGAUUUAUUGACAUCAGAAAUUAUAUAGCGGGUGGGACAUUAGACCAAUUCACUCAAGAUUUCGGAAACAAUAAAUCACGUGUUAAAUCCUUUUUCCCUUAUCAAUUCAUCACAUGGGAAAAUUACGAAGAAGAAUUAUAUAAAGUGGAACCAUUCACUCAAGAUUCAUUUUAUUCAGCAUUAACUCAAGAAACUAUAUCAGAUAGUGAUUAUCAAAUAUAUCUCAAUGAUGCUAAAAAUUUUAAGAAUAGAUUAGAAUAUUUUAUUCAUUAUUGCAAUAAAGAUGUUGAAAUUAUGAUUGACCCAAUUGAUAAAAUUAUUGAAGAAACAUUUGUUUAUAAAAUUGACAUGCUUCAUAAUCUUUCUUUAUCAUCGAAUGCUUCAAUGAUUCGUUACGCUUUAGCAUAUAAAGACUUUAAUCCUAAUGAAAAAUAUCCUGAGGAAGAGAUAGAAUCAAGUUUUGAAUUAACGAAAAAGUAUUGGAAAUAUAAAAUUGAAUCAUAUAAGAAACAAGAUGAAAAAGCAGAAAGGGAUACUAAAAAUAAUGUUUCAAUGGAUGAUUUUCAAUACUAUCACGAUUUAAUCCUUUCAUCUAAAUGCAAAAUGUGUGGUAAAGCGUUUACAUAUGCAAAUAAACCAACAUUGGAUAGAAUCGAUAAUGAAAAACCACAUACCAAAGAAAAUUGUCAGUUAAUGUGUUGUUAUUGCAAUGUCGUAAAAUCAAAUAAAGAUGAAGAUGUUCAACGUUUAAGAAUCAAUUUAAGAAAUUAUGCAUUAAAAAAUAAUUUACCAAUGACUUUAGAUUCAGUUGAAGCUUAUCACAUUCUCCGUAAUGGAAUUACUGGUGGUUUAUCAAAUGUUCAACAUAGAGUAAAUCU